AUGUCUACCUACGCCCUCCCGCAGUCUCACAAGGAGAUGCUCGAGAAGUCUCUUCUCGAGACCGACCCUGAGGUCGCUGAGAUCAUGAGGCGUGAGAUCCAGCGGCAGCGCGAGUCCAUCAUUCUGAUCGCCUCGGAGAACGUCACCUCGCGCGCCGUCUUCGAUGCCCUUGGCUCGCCCAUGUCCAACAAGUACUCCGAGGGUCUCCCCGGUGCCCGCUACUACGGUGGCAACCAACAUAUCGACGAGGUGGAGCUGUUGUGCCAGAAGCGUGCUCUUGAGGCCUUCCACCUUGAUAGCGAGAAGUGGGGCGUCAACGUCCAGUGCCUCAGUGGCAGCCCUGCCAACCUGCAGGUGUACCAGGCCCUCAUGCCCGUCCACGGCCGCCUCAUGGGCCUCGACCUGCCCCACGGCGGCCAUCUGAGCCACGGCUACCAGACCCCCCAAAAGAAGAUCUCGGCUGUCUCCACCUACUUCGAGACCAUGCCGUACCGCGUCGACAUUGAGACGGGCAUCAUCGACUACGACACCCUGGAGAAGAAUGCCCAGCUGUUCCGCCCCAAGAUCCUUGUUGCCGGCACCUCGGCCUACUGCCGCCUGAUUGACUACGCUCGCAUGCGCAAGAUUGCCGACUCCGUUGGUGCCUACCUGGUUGUCGACAUGGCCCACAUCUCGGGUCUGAUCGCUGCUGGCGUUAUCCCCUCGCCCUUUGAGUACGCCGACGUCGUCACCACCACCACCCACAAGUCGCUCCGUGGUCCCCGCGGUGCCAUGAUCUUCUUCCGCAAGGGCGUCCGCUCGGUCGAUGCCAAGGGCAAGCAGACGCUCUACGACCUGGAGAACCCCAUCAACUUCUCUGUGUUCCCCGGCCACCAGGGUGGCCCGCACAACCACACCAUCACAGCUCUGACCGUUGCCCUGAAGCAGGCUGCGUCACCCGACUUCAAGGCCUACCAACAGCAGGUUGUGGACAACGCCAAGGCUCUGGAGGUCACCUUCAAGAAGCUUGGCCACAAGCUGGUGUCGGACGGCACUGACUCGCACAUGGUCCUGCUGGACCUGCGCCAAUUUUCUCUGGACGGCGCCCGUGUUGAGGCCGUCCUUGAGCAGAUCAACAUUGCCUGCAACAAGAACAGCAUUCCCGGCGACAAGAGCGCCCUGACCCCCUGCGGUAUCCGCAUCGGCACUCCGGCCAUGACCAGCCGCGGCUUCGGCACGGCUGAUUUCGAGCGCGUCGCCAACUACAUUGACCAGGCCGUCAAGAUCUGCAAGGAGGUCCAGGCUGCCCUCCCCAAGGAGGCCAACAAGCUCAAGGACUUCAAGGUCAAGGUCGCCAGCGGCGAGGUCGAGAAGAUUAACGCUCUCAAGAAGGAUAUUGCUGCUUGGUCGAGCGGCUUCCCCCUGCCCGUUGAGGGCUGGCGCGUCGAUGCUGGCAUCUAA